CCUGGCCUCGCCGUUUUCUCAUCGAUUGCUGCAGAAACUUUCGAAACUUCUACGGCGCGUUGACAUUCUUGAGAAAAUUUUGCUGUCCGAAAUGUGUUAGAAAAACGGUGCCGAAGUCAAAAUUUCCUUGCAAAUUUACGAUAUUAGUGUAGACGCGACAGUGCUCAGUUAUUUGAUAGUGGUUUUAAGCCCGGAAUUGACCAUAAUCGGCGUCAAAAGCGGAUGCGUAAAGAAUCUACCCGAGGAAGUUUUCGGCAUAAGGAGGCUUGUGAAGAAGACACCCGUUAGAGUGGAAAGAAGAAGCUUUUCAUCGAGUUUACAAGAAUCGGCUCGGGGCUCGCAGCAGGAAAAAUACCGUUCUUCGGGGAAAAUCGAAUCGCAAAUCUGUUUAUGUGAAUAUAUUGGAUUAUCAGAAAGCUGUAAUCAAUGGAACCGCCAACCGCCGAAGCAGUUUUGCAAAGCGUCUUCACUCUGUACAACAACCCGAACAAACAGGAGAAAGAGACAGCCUCCAAGUGGUUGGAAGAAUUUCAGAAAUCGAUCCAUUCCUGGGAAAUCGCAGACCAGCUUUUACAAAGAAAACAUGACCUCAAUUCGUGCACGUUCGCCGCCCAGACGAUGCGAAACAAAAUUCAGAACAGUUUCCACGAACUGCCAGAGUCUGCCCACGAAUCCCUGCGGCAAAGUUUGCUGGAGCACAUAAGCCAUAUAACGCUGGAGACGAAACCGGUGAUCGUCACUCAACUGUCGUUGGCCCUGGCCGAUCUGGCCUUGCUUAUGUCGUCAUGGCGAAAACCGGUGGUUACCCUGCUGGAGCGAUUCUCUGGCAAUCCCCACAUGAUGUACGCGGUCAUCGAACUGCUCACACUCAUCCCGGAGGAAAUCAACUCGAGAUACCUCCGACUCGGUGCCAACCGGAGGAAGGACGUUCUUACCGAGUUGGAAACCGAUUCCAGUCUAGUCGGUGAUUACCUGCUGAUGUGUUUGAUGAACUGCAACGACAACGAGUUGCUUCAGAUGAAAAUAUUGAAGUGUUUCACCUCGUGGGUGAAUAUCAAUGCCUUUAACCUGUCCCAGAUCGGUGACAACAUGAUAAUAGCGUAUUCGUUUCAACUUUUGACUAAUAUUAACACCAAACCGGAAAUCCACGACGCGGCCACAGACUGUUUGUGUGGCCUAUUGCAAUGUUUAGAGAUGAAUAACAACGGCGAUGGCCUGGACGUAAAACUUUUCAAUGGGAUUCUGAGUUUGGAGGAAGCAUACAAUGCUUCCGUUGCACAAGAAGAUCUGGACAAGUCGAUGAACUUGUGUCGUCUUUUCACCGUACUGGUAGAAAGCAAUUUGGUCAGAAUGGUGGCCGGAUCAGAGGCAGCGACGCCUCACUACUCCAUCAAGGCUCUGGAGCUGGUGCUAAUAUGCGUAGGACAUUACGACUUCGAAGUGGCCGAAAUUACCUUCAACAUGUGGUACCGGCUGAGCGAAGAUCUGUACCAGCGCAACAACGAAGCUCUGACGGCGCAUUUCAAACCGUACGUGGAGCGACUGAUUGCCGCUCUCUACAAGCACUGUCAAAUGGAAGCCGAUCACGAGGGUCUCAUCGAGGAGGGCGACUCGUUCAAGGAAUUCCGUUUCAAAGUGUCUGAGAUUAUCAAGGAUGUAAUAUUCAUCGUUAGCUCGAUUAGCUGCUUCAAACAGAUGUUCCUGAUCCUGCAGAGUCCGAACGUGACAUGGGAAUCCAGCGAAGCGGCGCUGUUCAUCAUGGAGAACGUGGCGCGGAAUAUCCUACCAGAGAUAAUGCAAUUGGGAGAACGCGACAUACCGGCGUCCAGAUUCAAUCAGCUUUGCGCGGAAAGUGAGGUCGUUCCGAAGGUGGUAGAAGCGAUACUGAACUUACCCUCCAACUGUCACAUAGCGAUCCGGUACACGUCGAUAAACAUCUUGGGCGAACUGUGCGAUUGGAUUGAUUCGAAUCCGGAAACACUGGAACCGAUUUUAAACUUUUUGCUCUGUGCAUUGCAGCAAAAGAACGGUCUGGCUACCGCGGCGGCCAAUGCACUGCAAUCGAUCUGUUCGGCGUGCAAGAAGCACAUGUUGGGUCACAUAAGCGGUCUGAUGGAAAUCGCACGCUGUCUGGACGGGUUCGAAAUACAAACGGAAUCGGCCAUUGGUCUGCUCAAGGGAAUUUCGAUCAUCAUCGGGCGGUUACCACCGGAUCAGCUAACGACCGCUAUGCAGGAGCUUUGCGGGUUCCAGGUCCGCGCUCUGGGUCAACUGACCAGCGGUGAAGAUGAUGGGCUUGGAUUGAAGAAGGACCGCCACGAUCCCGUGUUUUGGGUGGAUCGUUUGGCGUCCAUUUAUAGGCAUGUGAAUCCAACUGUCGCCGAUAAUGACGUGAAUCCGUGCGUCUUCGUGAUCGUUAGCAAUUGGAGUGUUCUGUCCCGAGCGAUGGAAUGUUACAAGAACGAUCCGAAAAUUAUGGAAAGAAUAGUUCGUUGCAUUCGAUAUGCGAUACGUUGCGUUGGCAAACAGGCCAUGCCAAUACUCGAAUCGUUAGUUAAACAAAUAAUAACCAUCUACUCAGGGCAUAAUCAUAGCUGUUUGCUAUACUUGGGCAGUAUUUUGGUGGACGAGUUUGCGUGCGAACCGAGCUGCAUUGAAGGUCUCCUGAGUAUGCUCCAAGCGUUCAUAGAACCGACUUUCCAAGUGUUACAGGUAGAAAACGGAUUGAAAAAUCAUCCGGACAUGGUAGACGAUUUCUUCCGACUGGUAGCACGUUUCAUCCAACGGUCACCGUUCCAAUUGCUGCAAAGCCCCCUCGUAACGCCCAUAAUUCAAUGUGGACUGCUUGCCUGUACCCUAGACCACCGGGAUGCGAAUCUAUCUGUAAUGCGGUUUUUCUGUAGCCUUCUGAGUUACGGUCGUCACGAUCGAGCCAACGAGCUUCGUUCCAUCGUCCACGGGAUCCUGAUGCAGCAUGGCGAAUCGCUGAUAAUGAACCUGCUGUACGCGUCGGUUUUCUGCCUGCACUCGUACAUGCUGUCGGACGUGGCCGACGUAUUUGUCGAAAUCAAACAUCUGAGCCCCCACCAGCUGGAGGGGUACGUGCAGAAAGCGGUUGACGCACUGCCCAAGAAGAACAGCGGAGGAAGCAUUACGGUGACCAACGAGCAGAUGAUUGAGUUUGUGGAUAAUAUCGUCAAGUCGGAGACGCCACGGGCUGUAACGCAAGCGUUACAAGAAUUCGCUCGGUUAUUCCGAUAAAAACCUUCUGAAACCACGAGCAGCCAUCCUUUAGUGUGAUGAGAAAGAUGUUGAGAGUGGUGCGAGUGUGCGAAAUGUGCGAAUGCGAAGUUGAUGUUAUUCAAUUGUGUUGUACAUAAAUCCGUAGUACUAACUAAUACACAUGUAGUCGUAUUUCUCUUCCUAAAGUAGGAAACAUAUUGUAAGAAGAAAAAUCAGUGUACAUUGGAUGAAUCAUGGUCAGCAUGAGAAAGUUGAAUACACUAAGAGUAACAAGUGGAAACGAUUCAAGGUGAUCGUUAAAUAGAACUAGUUUAAUUUGAAAAAAAAAAAAUAUGGAAAAUGAUUGACUAAGAUUGUAGUAAGCAUCAUUUAAUAAAACUAAUUAACAAAUAA